UUACUGGUUUAUUACUAUGUUAUAGCGUGGAUUGCAAAAUUUUAUCUUGUUCACGGUUGGUAUUAUGUCUGUUUAGUUGAUUAAUAUGCAUUUAGGGGCAUCUAACUUUUAAGGAUUAGAAUCGCUUCUUUAAUUUGAAUGACUUUUGCUUAUUCAUAUGCCAUUGAAAGGGUAGAAUUGGAGAAAAUCAUUGGUUAUUCACAUCUUCUGAUUGAAAGGCUAGGAUUAGAGAAAUCAAGCAUUUAGUUGAGAUACUUGUGUUGCUAACUUGAGUGACUUGUUUAAUGCUUCGGGAGCCUGAUUGGUGUUGCAAAGAUUGGGCAUGAAAUACUCUAUGGAACUUCUUGGGAUGAUGGAAUGGAACGAGGGUGGAAUGGAAGGAAAUGACAACUCUUUACAUUUCCUUUGCAUUUUCUUUCCAUUCCAUCCUUCAUUCCUUCGUACUAAGCAAAUGAAUAUAAUGGAAGUAGGAAUCACAUUCCAUUCCAUUAUAUGCCUAAUAAGUUGAGAGUGGUGAGAAGAUUUGAAGACAGCAGCAAAUCUAGUAAAGACAGCUCCAACUUUCUAUAAAUUGAGUUUCAUAAUUUGCUAUAGUUAACUUGAUUUUGCUCAUUCAACUUGUGACUUUCCUGUGUUUCUACUUGAUAGAUCCAUGUGUUUUUUGGAUAAUAUAAUACCGAUAACUGGUUGACUAUUCAAGAAUGAUAUUGCGUUUUAAGUUUCAGAGAUGCGAAUCUAUUCUGCAAUCCGGUAACAAUUGCAGUGUUCGGAUUGAGAAGAACAAGUCGUCAAAAGGGAGGCAUGGGCGAAUAAAAUCAAAGGCUACAGUACAGAACAAUAUUGUUUACAGAUGUCACUUUUGUUCUCAUCAAAAUACGAUGAGAGGAACACCGAAUGGCUAUGUCAAAGAGAAGUGUCUGCCAAAGCCUAAACCUGCACCGGGCUUAAAGAAGGUGCGGGAGAGCCACCCUAGCUCGGGAAAUGCUACAACUACCGUCAAGUGCAGUGCUUUGUUGCCUUUAGAUGGACAGGAUCUUGAAGAAAACUCUCCGGCCACUCCACUGUCGAAACUCGAGCUUCGAGUAAGAGAAGGAAGAGGACGUGGACGAGUCUGAAGGAGAUUGGUGAGAGUAGUGGCCAAGAUGUUGGCAAGAAAUUCACAAACUCAUCUGUACCAUUCUCUAUUUAAGAUUGCACUAUGUGAGAGUUGUAGUCAACUGCAAAAUAUUGAUAACGAAUUAAAUAUUUAUUAGGAUAAAUUAAAUGAAUUAUAGUUAAAAGAAUAA